AUGUGGCCAUGGAGGACCGUUGUUCAGCGGGCAUAUUUGGAACUGUACCUCUCAAGGAGGUGCUUGGCCGGAGCUUUCCAGCUCAUAGUGAUCUGGAGCUUUCCAGCCCUGGCCUCUGCGACGACAACUGAGGAUUCUGGCGGCCCGUAUGACAAUGCGACAUAUGGGACUUCUGUCAGCCCGUACGGGUACGGGUCGGUGCCGACUACGGACAAUGCGACAUAUGGGACUUCUGUCAGCCCGUACGGGUACGGGUCGGUGCCGACUACGGACAAUGCGACAUAUGGGACUUCUGGCAGCCCGUACGGGUACGGGUCGGUGCCGACUACGGACAAUGCGACAUAUGGGACUUCUGUCAGCCCGUACGGGUACGGGUCGGUGCCGACUACGGACAAUGCGACAUAUGGGACUUCUGUAAGCCCGUACGGGUAUGGGUCGGUGCCGACUACGGACAAUGCGACAUAUGGGACUUCUGACAGCCCGUACGGGUAUGGGUCGGUGCCGACUACGGACAAUGCAACAUAUGGGACUUCUGUCAGCCCGUACGGGUACGGGUCGGUGCCGACUACGGACAAUGCGACAUAUGGGACUUCUGUAAACCCGUACGGGUACGGGUCGGUGCCGACUACGGACAAUGCGACAUAUGGGACUUCUGGCAGCCCGUACGGGUACGGGUCGGUGCCGACUACGGACAAUGCGACAUAUGGGACUUCUGUCAGCCCGUACGGGUACGGGUCGGUGCCGACUACGGACAAUGCAACAUAUGGGACUUCUGUCAGCCCGUACGGGUACGGGUCGGUGCCGACUACGGACAAUGCGACAUAUGGGACUUCUGUCAGCCCGUACGGGUAUGGGUCAGUGCCGACUACGGACAAUGCAACAUAUGGGACUUCUGUCAGCCCGUACGGGUACGGGUCGGUGCCGACUACGGACAAUGCGACAUAUGGGACUUCUGUCAGCCCGUACGGGUACGGGUCGGUGCCGACUACGGACAAUGCGACAUAUGGGACUUCUGGCAGCCCGUACGGGUACGGGUCGGUGCCGACUACGGACAAUGCGACAUAUGGGACUUCUGUCAGCCCGUACGGGUACGGGUCGGUGCCGACUACGGACAAUGCGACAUAUGGGACUUCUGGCAGCCCGUACGGGUAUGGGUCGGUGCCGACUACGGACAAUGCAACAUAUGGGACUUCUGGCAGCCCGUACGGGUACGGGUCGGUGCCGACUACGGGCAAUGCGACAUAUGGGACUUCUGUAAGCCCGUACGGGUACGGGUCGGUGCCGACUACGGGCAAUGCGACAUAUGGGACUUCUGGCAGCCCGUACGGGUAUGGGUCGGUGCCGACUACGGACAAUGCGACAUAUGGGACGUCUGGCAGCCCAUACGGGUACGGGUCGGUGCCGACUACGGACAAUGCGACGAUGAGUGGGACCACGGCAGACCAGCUCGUCGUCAAGUACAACCACCACAUCUUUGACAGCUUCCACAAGUACAACCACGCCCACCACAUCUUCAAGUUCAACGACCUCCUCGUUGACAGUUUCCACGAGCACGUCUACACUCACCACAUCUUCAAGUUCAACCACCUCCACAUCGACAGCUGCAAGUACAACUACCGCAUCAAGGACUUCCACAAUCUCCAGUUCAAGCGCAAUCCCGGAGACUACCACCACAACACCGACGAGCACGACUACUUCGACAGCGCAAACGAUUACAACCACCUCACAUGCCAGUGCAAGCACAACGACAACAAUCUCUACGACCAGUUCAUCGUCAGGCUCGUCUUCUUCGACGAUAUCCACGGUGACAGUUUCUGCAACUACAAGCACAACCACCACGUUUUCAAUGACCUACACAUACGCAGUCACGACGACUGCCACACUGACAAGCACGACGACGGAGACGUCCACCGUCUCGACCACUGCGACCACUACCUCGAGGACCACGGUCACCACUACGAGGACCAGCGCAACACGCACCGGAACCAUGUCAACGUCAACGUCGACUGGCACUCUCACCACAAGUCUGUCAAGCAGCACCUCCAUGCCGAGACAGAGAGCGUCGUGGAGCAGCUCUUAAGCUCCGGGAGCCAAAAGGCCACGACAGUUACGGAGAUGGGCACGGUCACUGCCGUGGCUCUGAACAUCUCAAGCCCAGUCAUCGAAAUCGAGGUGGAAGAGAGCCCAGCUGCCGUCAUCUUGCCGCAAGACGCCCUGCCAGUUCAGGGCAACCCGAAUGCUGAUCGCAUCUUGACCGUGGUUCCCUUGACAGGGGCAGCCUCCAAAACCACCCUUGGUCAGGGCAGUAAGGCGGAGUUCGGAGGGAGAUCGGUGGAGCUCGCAGUGGAUGCCGUGGACGUGUCGCUCUUCGAGGUGCUAGGUGGACAGUCUUCUGAGCUUUCCAUCAAUGCUGCCCCAAGCCCGAUCUUCCUGCGGCUCUCUGGCCGGAAUGCAGAGCCCGACUGGCGCUGCGCUUAUCUGGAUGGAGACGUCUGGUCCCGAGAGGGUGUGCGUCUGGCCACUGCUGCAGAGAUUUCCGCUUUGUAUGGCGACUCCGUCAACACCUCUGGAGUGUGGUGUGCCACAACCCAUCUCUCCAUCUUCGGAGUCCUUCUAGACACCCUGCUCGAUUGCACCAACCUGAACGUGUUGUCACAAGAAGGGCUCGAGCAGAUCUUCCAGCGCACCACCUGGUGGACGCGCUUGCCCGCUGUUUCCUUGUGGUUGCUUACUGCCACCCUGCUAUUCCUUUUGCUAGUGGGUGUGGCUCAAGAUGCCAAGAUGCGACGGGCAGGCUUCUGGCGCGAUGAGUACUUCCUGACUGAGGUGGCGCCGGUCUCGGUCACUGUGGAGAUGUCACGAGCGAUGAGCAGCACCAGCCGACAGAUGUCUCGAGCGAUGAGCUGGAUGACUGCAGAGAGCGCAGAGAAAUCAUGCGACGAUGUGGACAGCAAAGUCGAUAGACAACGAAUUCGGACGUUGCGGCCAAGCCUGAGACAGCAGCUGCAGGACAAGUGGGAGACGCUGCAGUGUCAGAACACCCUGCGCGCCGCGGCGCGACUGCAUGGCCUGCACGGCAGCACCAUUCAGUCGCACAUCUGGGGUCAGACCGGAUGGGUCCAGGGGAGCCUAGCAGUUGCAAGGUCUCCACUGCUGAAUAAGCUGGUGCUUGAGAUGGAGGUGACAUUGCCCUCAAUGUACCUGGCCGUGCACUCCUCUUUCUGGGCGCGCUGCUGGUCUACCUGCUUGGUGAUGCAUCCCUUCUACGAGCUGUUCCAAUGGGACAUCCACAUCUCUGCAGCCAAGAGGGCCAAGGUUACCAUGGACAGCUUUCUGGGCGCAUUGGCCUUUGCUGCGAUAUUCUUCUCUGUGGACGGUUCAGCGGUCGCCAGCAGACGACCCUCGGAGUGUCCUGUGCCGCAGGGCUCACUGCUGUGGUACGUGUUGGCUUCCUCGGUUGCCGUGCUGCUGAAUUCGGUGCCUUGUGGCCUGGCACGAUCGCUGGCGCACCGGAGCUUCGUCCAGGCGAGCCCGAACCGCCGGAGGCAGUUGCGGGUGCGGCUCUUCUGGGACACCGCGUUUUGGGCAGUCGGCUUCUGCCUCUCCAUCCUCGAUCUGCUGAUCAUCGUGGCUUUCCUGGCGAAUUUGGGGGAGGAACACGAGUGGAAGUGGAUGACGUCCUUUGCCUUUGUGGUGCUGCGCAAGUUGUUCGUGGUGCCACUCCUCGCAUGCAUCAUCAGCCUAGGGCCCGAGUUGCUCUGCUGUGCUUGCGCGGCCUCACCCGGAACGGCGCCGAAGAGCUUUGGCCUGGAUAUGGAGCUGCUGGAUGAGCCCGAAGUUCAGGAUGACACGGAGCUGAAGGAGAAGACGCCGUGGGAUGAGAAGGUGGAAGAGUUGGCCGGGCGGGGCAUCACCGUUCGUCAGCUCUUGGACUUCUACAGCUUGCUGGGGUCGGAGGACGUGAUGCCAGGCUUCGACCCAGUCGAGUCAACCACGCACGACGUCGUUCGGCAGGCGAUUAUACCCUUGUCACUGAACAUCCACCCGUCCCGUGCCUUCCAAGUCGUGCUGCAUGGCAUCUCCCAGAGAGGGAAGGUAGUCAAUCUCCACGCAGCAUCGAUCUUCUGCACGGUGCUUCGUGAUGCCUCGCCGAAGCCCUGGAAAGUCAGCGUCUGCGGUCCCGUGGAGCUUGGGGAAGCCUUCCUCGUGGAAGGCAUUGUUCUGCAAGAGGCUUUGCAACUUCGCAUUCAGGACGAUGAAGCUUCCGAGGAAGGCAAUGUCAAGAUGCUGACCUUGAGCAGCCGCCUGUUCUGGAACGGCUGCGAGAGCGAGCUGGAGGUGGGCAAAGACUCCAGCCUGUUUUUGAGCCUCUCGAUCUCGGUGUGGCGCGGAUCCAGCGUCAGCGACUGGGAGUUCUGUUCCAGUGCAGGUGGAGAAGAGGAGGACGUGACGACCUUGGACGUUCCUGCCGAGCACCCGGGCCAGGGCAGACCCCUGCAGCCCACGAAUCACUCGCAGGACGAUGCUGAAGGUGGUGCUGGAGAGGACACCGGAGACGGAAGGUCUCGGCACGCGCAGCUUGAUGGCCUGACAGCCUGCAUGGCCUACAUGGACGAGGAGCCGGCUAGCAUGGGAGACCCGCAGGCGUGCAUAUCUCAGGUACCUACCGCCAGUGAGGUGUUGGGCUUUUCGUACGCGACGAGCGUGAACAAUGGCGAGCCGCAGAUGGCAAUCCGGAUGGUCACGCACAGCUGGGGGAAUAAGUUCACCUACUUGCUGAGCGCCAUCUUCUCAGAUGCCUUGGAGGCCGAAACCUACGAUGGCGUGGCAGAUCUCCUCAGGCACGGCAAGCUGGAUCGACUCGCAGAAAAGCUCCGAAAUGUGGGGAAGCUCGAUGUUCCCUACUGGGUGUGUGCCUUUUCCGUGAACCAGCAUGCAGGAAUUUGCGCCACACCUCCGCCCACAGACACUACAGGAUAUCCCAUCAUUCCCUGUGGGUGCACUAGGGCGAAGCACUUUUCUGGGGAUCUCAGCGAGAUGAACAAGUUCGACGACAUGAUGGCCUAUUUGAAGAGAUACCUGCGCGAGAAGUCCAUCCGGGAGCUCAGCCACGUUCGGCUGCAGCAGGUGGUGGCAAUGGAGGUGAAUUUUUCCUUGCUCACGCGCGUGUGGUGCGUUGCCGAGCUCGUGGAAGCGAACAACCUGCAUCUCACGCAAACGAUCAAGCUCCACUCGGGUGCAUCCCAGCGGAACUGCCUGGAUAAGAUCAUGGACCUGGACGUGGCGGAGGCCCAGGCCUCCUUCCCCGCAGACAAAGAGCUAGUCCUCAGCAAGAUUGAGGACAUCCCCGCCUUCAACAACAGGCUGCAGAACCUCUUACUUCACCGCUUGGAGGGUUUCCUGGGCAGCAGGGCCGUGGGCGCUGCGAAUUGCCUGGAUGACGUAGUCCUCGCCGUCCUUCAGAUAAUGAUGUGA